CGCGUUCCAGUCUCGCAGCGGCACUCGCGAGUGACUGUUCGUGUGGAUUCGCGGAACGAUAACUGCUCUGAUCGAAGAACAGAAGGAAAAGAAAAACGGAACGAAGGACAUUACAGGGGCACGCGUGUUGUCUACAAUAUCUAUAUCUGUCUCUAUAUACAUAUAUGUAUAUAGAUAUACGCGUGUACAGUAACGCGCGCGCGCAAAGGACGAGUUCUUUCCUCAGUGCUGCGUUCGAGAACUGACACGACACACACCGCGAACGUCGUUGCAGCGAGUAACACGACCGAAUAUCGAUAGAAAAGAUAGUGAAGAAAGGGGAAGCAGUACGGUAACAUCGUUACUGCUCCGAUCGUUUUCCUUUCUUCCCAUAAUCUCCGCGUCUUUCUUUUUUUUACUUUUAUACGUAACCCGUGUAGCGAUACGAAACGGUCGUGUACCAUAACCUUAUUUCCCAACGUAACAUCGUUUCGCCAAAAGUGAGAAUCGAUUGCGCGAGUGACAGCUUGUUCUACCUUUUGGAGCUACACGAUCUGUAAAGCAGUGUGACAGCAAGGAAUAUUUCGUGAUCGUACCUUGUAGGAGAACUCAGGAGCACGGUGAGAAGAGGACUGUGGAUACGCAACGAGGAGGAUAUUCCGAGGGUAUUACGGAACUAGUGAUCUUCCACUGACGUCAUUUCGUACUUUCGUGCUUCAUUCGAGGGACGAGAAUAGUGUUCGCUGACCCAACAAAGACACUCUCGUGAAUCCGAGAGAAUCGUCGAACGAUCACCCAACACCAGAUCUAAAUCUUCAACGCCACUGUCGACGUUGCUGUCGUCCAGUGGCGCAUCAUCAAGGAGUCGCGAGGCGUCGGCGGCAAAACGGCCGAUCGUGCGGACGUGCUGAGUACUAUUCCGCGGCUGCGAGUACCAGCAACAGCCCGAAGAUUCUCCCAGCAAAGGGCAAGAUGCACAUGGAGGUGCAGGUGGCGCUCAACUUCGUGAUAUCGUACCUCUACAAUAAGCUGCCGCGACGGCGAGUCAAUAUCUUCGGCGAGGAACUGGAAAAGGCGCUGAAGGACAAGUUCAAGGGUCACUGGUACCCGGAGAAACCGUUCAAAGGAUCCGCGUUCAGAUGUUUGAAGACUGGCGACCCAGUGGAUCCGGUUUUGGAACGGGCAGCCAAGGAGAGCGGCGUGCCUAUUCAGGAUAUCUUGGAGAACCUACCAGCCGAGUUGGCCAUCUGGGUCGAUCCCGGAGAGGUGAGCUAUCGAAUUGGCGAAAUGAACGCGGUGAAGAUCCUCUACUCUGAAACCGGAGAUCCACACGACGAGAGCUCGGCCGAUCGAGAAGUUACCAAGACCUUCAAUCCCGAGGCUCAGUGCUUCAGGCCUAUCGAAGCCGUAGGCACUUCCUUGGGUGGGCUCAGUCUCAGCCCCAAAUCUACGUCGCCCUUCCCAAGCUCGCUCGGAAGCAAUGCGAGCAAUGGAUCGUCAAAUAAUCAGCAAAGUGGUCAUGGGUCCGGUUCCUCGUCGGCACCUUCGCCGACGCCUAUCACCAGCUCGUUCAAGGGCUCGCCUAGUCCCGUCCCGGCUUUCAUCCCACGAACUACCGCACCGCUCACAUUCACCACCGCCACAUUCGCGCAGACCAAGUUCGGUAGCACCAAACUGAAAACCAGCAGCAAACGGGCGAACAGGAUGUCCCCCACCGAGUUCUCGAAUUACAUCAAGCAACGUGCCAUGCAGCAACAAAUCCAUCAUCAUCAUCAUCACCAACAGCACCAACAGCAGCAGCAACAACAGCAGCAACAACAGCAACAACAGCAGCAGGCUGGUGCUGGUGGCUUGCCAGUGUCGCAGAGUUCUCCUCGGAGUCGCAGCCUGUCACCAGGAAGCUUAGUGACUGGUGCCGGUCAACAACACGCAGACCCAAGCGCGUAUUUCUUCCAGCACGGUCCAGCCGCGUAUCAUCCUCAAUUUCCUCACCGCAACAUCUUCGAUUCGUCCAGCCACGGUGGUUACCUCUCCGCUGAUCUAUACACAGGCGUGAACUUCCCGUCAUCUUACCUUGAUCCAACGACGAUCGCUAGCCACCAGUUCUACGGUGGCAGCGUGAACGGAACCAGCAACGCUGCAGGCAGCAAUGGGAACUCGCAGAGCGCCGGCAAUCUCGGCCCGGUUGGCUCAGCCGCGACGAAUAGCAACGUGAAUGGGUCUGGUCAGCAACAGGAUAAAACAGCGCUUGUCGAGGGUCUGAACAACUUUGGCCUCGGCUCUGUGGCGCCGUAUCCGGCCAGCCAAUACCAGCAUCUCCUCGUAGCUAACUAAUACCCCGCGCGAGUGAAGACCGAGCGACUGGCGCGACUCGAUUCGCGCCUGCUCCUCUGUUGCUUCGCCGGACAGGCAGGAGGACAGUCGGAGGAUCGUCUGAGAGACCGGGUCGAUUGUAACCGUUCCUGGUCAUCAUGACAACGUUCCAGUCUCUCCCUCAUGCGUCGAGACGUCGUCCAGAGUCUAGGUUCCGUAACCCUAACACACAUACACAAACCCGAUUUCGCUUGCACCAUCUGAUUGGAGGGCUUCUCGCGCACGCAGCGGACGAUGCCGUCGAGAUUCCUGCUCACCCACUAAAUAGUUCCCACUCUGUCUCUCUCUGGCAAAAGGAGCAUCCAACCGGAAGCUGCCAUGUUACCUCUACAUAGCCAAAUCCUUAACGGAUCGGUCCUCUUAAACAUCUUCGUCGUAAUACUCUGACGGUGAUGAAUUUUUCAUCGAGGAACUAUCCAAAACUCAUCGACUCCUGUUUUCUCAUUCGAUCCUAUUCCGGAUGGCCGAGAGAGGAUUCUUACGCGAUACUCUCUCGUACGAUGGACAGCCAAUAGUAUAUGUAUGAUCAGCGUGUAGAUUAAGGCAGGGAGACAGGGAGCGGAAGAAAAGAGAUACCUUUGGCGGAAAGGACGCAAUCAGCACUGAGGAAGAGGCACCGGGUCGACGCGCGCGCGGGUCAAGACGACGAGACUAUUCGCGUGAUAGAGGGAUAAUGAGAACGAGAGAACGUAAGCGGGAGAGUGCGAAACAGAGAGAGAGAGAGAGAGAGAGAGAAAGGAAAGAGAGAACGUGCGAGAGAAUGAGAGUGAGAUUAUAUAGAGCGUGUAUAGAGGGAUUCGAAUUCGGUGCGCCUGUGUGCUGAUGCGUGCGUGCAAGACGUUCAUAGGAGAGGAAUGGUGGAGGAACAAAGAGGAGGAAGAACUGUUCGAAGCGAUGGGACUCGCGAACGCGAACUUUGCAACCGACUAACGUAAUAGAAAACCGCGUGUAUCUAAUAUUCUGUAACUGUAAAACAACAAUACGGACACCAUGGACCCCGAUUGAGAUGGCGCUGGGCGCCCGUUCGAUGAAUGGCUGCUCCCUGUGUGUCUCGUUUAAUCUACUGGGCGGGCCAUUUUGAAACAAGCUGGAAAAAUAAAAUUGUCGAGAACAGAAUGUACACGUAACUCUAUAUAGAUCACACAGAGAGACCAAUUCGUGAUUUUUGUUCGGGGUUUCAGAGAGGUAGAAAAGAAGAAAGAGAAAAAUAUAAAAUGUCGAACGAUGCGCCAAGCGCCCAUACCUGGGACAGCGAAAGAGCCAAGAGACAUACACAUACACACAGAAACGUGCAACAGCGUGCGUAAAAUUUCACACGGGCCAGAUUCACACGCAAUGGGCACACUCAAUCCCGAAACAUUUUACCUGGCGAUCUACACACUUACACAACACAUAACGUCUACAUUCAACCACACGGAACGCCCCGCCUGGCUGGUGGCGCGCUGGCGACACUCACGAUCGCAUACACACAUAUUACACAGAGACACAGGAUACACACACGCGUGCAUCACGCGUCCGUGCAAAAGACACAGGAGGGCGGGGUGUGCGGACACUUAAUAUCGCGCACGACUUCACCAACACGUACACACAGAUAUUACCAACGUGUAAUAAUUUAUUUUUUCACUGGUAUAGUCGGAGAAUUGAUAUUGAAUAUAUCUGUAGAGCCUAUGUAUUAUAUUCAAAAUAUGCACUCACUUCGCGGGUUGUCGCGAAACGGUAUAGGGACGGCCUGUAUCCGCUCUGUCGAACCAUCGACGAACGAACACCCCCCGUCGUAGUCGUACACGCAUUUCCCGUUUAUUCCUCUUGUUCGAUACGAAGAACGAUCGAAUAGAAAAUAUACGCGAACGAGCAAAUAGAGGAAAAGAAGGAGGACAAAAGGAAGACGAAGAGGAAAGUUGUUAGAAGAACGCGAAGACGGCUGCCGUGGGAUUCUUUCUCGAUCGAGACGCAGAUGGUGCUCGCGGUUCCAAUACCGUUCGGAGAACUCGUCCUCGGUACGAUUUUACAUUUUAUUUUUAUAAUAAAUGCAGUAGAGCGUAGGAGAAGAAAAAAAAGUGAAAAAGGCAAAGGAGAGAGAAGAGAGCGGAAGAGGUAGAAAGGGAAAAAGAGAUAGAGAGUGGCGGUGUGUUCGCACGAACGGGAAUAUGGCCGCGUUGCGUCGCUGCCCCGCUUAUGAAACCGUACCGCUUCCGGUCCCGAGUUUAAUCUCUCCGGGCGCGAUUUCCUUUCAACGUGACGUCCUCUUCCCCAUUCUAUGCACCUAUAACGUUCAACCGGACAUCGCUGAGAUUCUCGAAACGGAACAACAUCAUCCGAUCGCGAGCAAACUUCGCGAUACAUCAGCAAACGUCUGUAAACUUUCGUAAACUUUCUUAAUUCCACCGCUAUCGAGCUUCUGGCUCUCCUUCGAUUCAUAUGAUAUAUGUAUACCUUAUAUCGAUCCUACUGGCGGAGGCAAAACGAUUAUUUGAACUUCCGGUUAGUCGCCUCCGGUUUGACGAUGUUGGAAGAUCGAGGACAAAGGACGUAUCGGAAAGGGAAACAAAGCCACGACGGUGAAGGGGUUGGAGCAGCGAGCAACCAGCCGGUUCGCGUUCGCGAGAUUAAUUAGGUGAUUACGUUAUUAAAGGCCACUGUUACUGUCCUCGACGGCCGUGCCACGACCGUGCUCGUGACCCCGAACACACCUCACGGCGUUCAUACGCUUGCGGGCUCUUUGCGACGAGCGUUAUACGGGACAAGUUCAAUUUUCUAGGAUAAUCACUGUUUUCAUCGAUAUAUCAUAGAUUUCGCACCUUUUUAAAUCGCUAUAUUGUCCGUUUGACGAAUAAGUUUACCGAGAAAAAUUGAUAAAAUCUAGCGAUUGAGGAAGCAUAGCUAGACUGUUUUGUACGUUUAUGUUUAAGAGAUCGAUCAUGUAUGAAAUUAUUUCAAUUCUGUUUUUGGAUAUCUAAAUGUAGAAGGCAAAUUGAUUGUUCGAUUUAAAGAAAAUUAAUGAUACUUUUAGCUCGCUGAACAGCAUAACGAAUAAGUAGAAGUACUUACUACAAACCAACCUGAGAUAUGUAAAGACGCACAGUAUAAGGCAAAUCCAUUAUUCCAUAUUAAACAAGCAAAUAAUAUCUCGAAAUCACAAGUUGAUUAAUCGACCUUCUACUCUUACAAACCAUCUGAGAUAACUAAAAACGUCCAGUAGAAGAUAAGUUGAUUACUCAAUAAAAACCAUAUUUAUGGCACUCUGAAAUCAUCAUUCCACUUGUAUAAAUGAUCUGAAAUAUUUAAAAACGGACAGUGUCAAACCAUUUGAUCGAUAAGACAUUUAAAACCGUACAGUAUAAAACAAGUCUAGCGAAGAAGUUUCAAAAAAUGUCCAAUAGCUUAACGCAAGACCGCAAAUUACAGACCCAAAAGUCAGCGCUCGAGAUUAACCUGAUGAAUCAUAAUUUCUUCUUAUUCGAUCGCUUGUCAGAUCGGGUCAUGGUCGUUCUCGUCCGUCGAGCAGCGUAGAAAAAGCACGACAGCAACGAUGGCGGAGGUGUCGCGAGCCGCGGGCCGGGCACUAGGUGCUAAAAGUAUUACAAAGUGUUUAAUCUUGUCGUCGUGGGACAAACGUACGGAAUACGCGCGGCCAGAGAUUGUCGACUAGCUCGUGUGCUCUUUUUUUCUCUUUCUUUUUUUUCUUAACAGCAUAAAACGAUGGAGGAUAGAUGACGUUUGCGUUGGUCGAUCAGCUCGGUCCAAUCGAGUCCUCUCUUAGACUAGUUUCGAAACCUUAGCGUGACUUUGUAUCGUGUAAGUGUAUAAGUAGCAUAAUUUUUAGGCGUAACUUUCGUCGUUCUUUCGUACGAAUUUUUAUAUAGCCAGUUUUGUAUGACCGACGCCAAGCAGCAGCUUCCUGUACCGCGGUCGUUCCGUCUUGGACCGAAUAUCGUAGUGAUCGACCGGCUCUGAAAACGAAUCGAUGUUUUCGUUCACCUUCAUCCGAUGCUUUAACACUCGAGUCGCGUGUUACGUCGAGAAUCACACAAGAUUUCCCACGAGAGAAAAAGAAUUCUUCGAUAGAUAACGUGUGUCAUCGAAGAGUCGUGGUUCUUUCUCAGUAACACGUCGCUCAGAAGAUCUAGGAAAGAUGUAGAAAAAAGGAUCGAUGACAAGAUCGAAGCUAAAUUGAAGCUUCGCGUUAGGAACAAUUGGAAAUUUUGGGAUUUGAAGAAAUAUCGAACGAAAGAUGGAAACGGCGAGCGAGUCGGCAGGUUUCCGGCCACGCGAGGGGUGCUAAAAACAAGUUUUUAACCGCGGAACUAACAAGGGUAAAGAGGGGGCGAGAAAGCGCGGGGAACAGAGGCAUGAGGGGAUAAGGCGGGAGAUCAGUACCCUUUAGUAAUAUCUAAACUUAAUUGUAACUAUUAACGAUACGUACGACUGUGGUAGCUAUGCUAGUACCUGCUAUUGUUAAAGAGAGAGAGAUUGGAGAGAGCAAGAGAGAACGAGCGAGAGAAAUCGAUUGAAAGAGUGAAGAGGUGGAAGAGAAGUGAGGAAUCGCGAUUUUCGAGGUUUGGUUCGUUGCGGAAGACGCAAGUCAUCUUCGUAUUCGGAUCUAAUUGUAGGUCCGAUUACUAUGUGGAUCGUUGGUUUUCCGCGGAGAGAAACAACUUUGAUGGAACGUGAAGAUCGAUUGAUCGACGAUUUAGCCUCGAGACGCGGAGAGAUAACCGCAGAGAGCUUCUCGCGCCGAUUAUUUUUCUAAUCUUUGUAAUCGAACGAAUUGGGUUCGCCACGAAACCCGCGAGAAUAUCCUCGAUUCGACCGAAGAAAGGAGAUCCCAGAGAGACAAAUUCGUCGCGCUUUUAGGUCGUCGAUCUUUGCGUCUCGCGGCGUCGCGAUCCUUUUUCAACGAUCAAAAGAAGGAGAGUGGAGUGGCGAGAAGGAUUUAAAAGGGUAGGAAAGGCGUUGAAGCAAGCGUUGCAAUAAGUUGCGAAUCAAAUGCGGAUCUCGGCUUGAGACGAGAGGCUCAGCUCAGCGAAGAAUCAAACACACGUACACGAUGUAUACUCUUCUAGUAAAACCAAAAAAAAAAAGGAAAAAGGAACGAAUCGGAAGGGAGUGAGAAAGAGAGAGAGAGAGAGAGAGAGAGAGAUACUGAAUCGAAUCGAAACGGCGGACGAAUGGAGAGAUGGAACGGUUAAUGUGUCGCGCGAUAUUUGAAAGAAAGUGAGUAGAGAGGGAGGAGGAAGAGAAGGGCAGAGAAAAGAAUGGGAUAUUGAUAUAGAGCAUACAUUGAGAUACACAAAAGAUAAACAUAUAGUAUUAUACGAUUACAAUACGAUUGUAAUGAAACACUUUGUAAGCAAGGAAACAAAAAAAAAAAUUAUGCAUAGUUUUCCAUAAUCUGUAAUGGAUGUAUUCGUUAACAAAAAAAAAAGAAAAAAAAUAAUGACGACGAGUGGUUAAGGUUAAAUACAUACACAAACACAUACACACACGCACACAAACACGUAACAUACACACGUACACACACAGGACACAGCUGAAUAACCGUUCGAAGCAACUCGGGUACACGACACACAAGAAGUAAACAAAAAAGAAUAAAAAAAAGUAAACUAUUAAUUAAUAACAUGAAGUAACGAGAGAGAGCGAGAGAGCGAGCGCGAGCGAGAGAGACGUAACAAACGGUAAAUCUGUCUCUUUAAAGUAUCAUGUGUCUAUAAACUAUAGCGAUUGAUAUUGUCUUUUUAACCGUAAAUGGAGAAACAAGUAAUCGUGGUAACGUAACUAAUGUCAUAGCGAUAACCGAACACUGCAAUAUUAGAUAUAAUAUAUAUUCAUACAUUUAUAGAGUGGAGAAGCGAUGGAAGGUUGGCUAGAGGAGACACAGAAGGAGAGAAAGAAAAUAGGAAAAUUGUGCGUGGCUCUGACACGCGUAAUUUAAAAAAAAAGGAUCACUCAAAAAAAAAAAAGAGAAAAAUAGAAAAAAA